GAGUUGGAUUGAUGAUCUUGAAUUUGUUGUUGUUGAACAUGUUGAUAUUUUGUUAUAGCUAUUGUUGUAAUGGAGUUUCGUGCGUAUUUGCUGAGGGAGGAUUGUGUGUGUGUGGGCAAGAGCACAGAGAGGACCUUGUAUACAGCUUUGCUACCCGUAUGGUGCUGUUUUUCAAUCGAAUCAACCUGCAGGACACGGGAGCGUGAAUGGAUGUGAAUACCCAUGAUAGUCCCGAUUUAAACGAUCCAUACCCCGCCAUGCUCCUCGCCAUCCACCAUGCCUCGCCCCCAAAGCGCCGACUCAGCUCAUACCUGGACUGCUCCAACAAGUGGUGCCCCUGCCUCUUUCGGUGCCAUGGAGAGAAUCAUCCAGCUCGGAAGAGGGAGACGGGGGUUUAGUCAAGAACCUGAAGAGGCAUGGUCCACAAUCAUCGAUUUGGCUGCUUUGGGCAUUGGCCCCCUGUGGUCUCCGAGAUCUUUCACGAGACGAUGUCCAAAAUUUGUUCAAAUAGGCAAUUCGUUCUACCUGCCCAUCUCAUUGUCACUAGAAUCCAACACAGAGACAGAUCAAAUCCUGUCGGGGAGGUGAUUCCUCCAUUUGAUGACAGUGUUUGGGAGACGGAUGCGCAUUUGUUGGUUGCAUUGUUUGGAGAAAGAAUCUUUCCCUGUGUCUUAGUGAAUGCUCCUGUUCCAGUUCCGCAUGGUGUGAAUAUGGUUGCACAAACAAGGACAUGACACUUUCCCAGGUGUCCUUCUUCAUUGCUUCAUCAGAUGUCAAUUAGUUGCAGGUCAAUGAACAGACAAAGAAAUGCCCAAAUCAAAAUCACCGCGUGAACCAACUUCAUAAAGUGCGAUUGAUUUCGUUCUGGUCCACUAAUCUAUUACAUUUAUAUUAUCAUUGAUUGUUUCUUUGAGAGAUUGUGGCAACAUUCAUGUUGAUCCACCGUUACUGGUAAUGGGAUAUACAUGCAAUGGAUGUGCCCUGCCCUUGCCAGCUGCCGUCUGUGGCGACUCCACGGAGAUGAAUGUGGCAGCCCAUGUGCAGGAGCAAGGGCGCUACGAACGGAGCUCCUGGCCUUACUACUAGGAGCAAGAAGCUACUAGGAGCACCUGUCGAUGAUCCGGAUGACGACCACUGGCUGUGACAGCGGAAG